AUAAUAUAUGGAGGGCUUCUGGCUUUCUGUGUUUGCGUCGUGUUUAACUACUCCCCAUUUAAAAUGAAGCACUGUUUAAUGCGUUUUGGUUUCUUAAUUAAAACGGAGAAAUGUGUUAAUUGUGAAGUUAAUUCGUAAAGGAGAGGCGAAAAGUCGGACGAAAGCACGGAAAACCAGAAGCCCUAAGUGUGUUUGUGUGAGAGGGUGUGUCUGUGCGUAACUCUAGACACGGAGUGGACAGAGGUCUGUUGGAGAAAAUUAGAGGUAGUCCGUUUUUAUUUAUUUAUUUUUUUAAAGAAAAAAUGCAAAAGCAGCACAAAUCUAAAGAUCGGGCCAUUCAUUUUCCCGAACAACACCGUACAAAUAAUACUGCCUCCCCUCUUCAGCUCUGCACAGGUCUUCAAGGUUUUGCACAUGCGCAGUUAGCAAAAAAACAAACAAGCAAAAAAACAAACAAACAAAAAAAAAACUAUCCUAUGGGGAGGCACUAUUGGCAACGACACCGGCUCUCUUCAUGGUUUGAAAGUUCAGCUGUGGAAGCGAUAAUCAAAACAGAAUUUUGACAUCGCACAAAAACUCUCCAGACUCUCUAGAACACACAUGCUAAGGAUAAGGGAAACGACUACACCAAUUUUCCAUGGCGGUUUUUCAGAUGUGGAUUCAUUUCUUAUGGGAAUGGAUGGAUGCCCGCAGUAUUUUGAUUUUCUUUCUUGUAUUUUUGCUGAUCGCGGAUGUGUUUAAACACCGGGUUCCGAAAAACUUCCCCCCCGGUCCUCGGGGUCUCCCGUUCCUGGGGAAUCUUUUGAACUUCGACGUCAAGCAGCCUCACUUGUGCAUAGCUAAGUUUGCAGGGAAAUACGGAGAUGUAUUUAGCCUCCGAAUAGGACAAAAUGCUGUUUUUGUAAAUGGCUUUAAACUGGUUAAAGAGACUUUGGUUCAUCAAGGAGACAUUUUUACAGACCGCCCAUCGUUUCCAUUGGCUGACUAUUACGGCACAAAUCAAGGAUUAGUAAUAUCCAACGGGCAUGCAUGGAAGCAGCAGAGGAGGUUUGCUCUCACUACUCUGAGGAACUUUGGAGUCGGCAAGAAGACUUUGGAAUCCACCAUCCUUGAGGAGGUCAGAUACCUUCAGGAGGCCUUUGAGGAGGAGCAAGGGAAGCCGUUUGAUCCCCACUUCACCAUCAACAAUGCCAUCUCCAACAUUAUCUGCUCGAUUGUAUUUGGGGACCGGUUUGAGUACAGCGACGGCCGCUUUCAGGAGAUGCUGCGUUUGAUUGACGAAACCUUCUACCUGGAAGGGAGGAUAUGGGGCCAGCUCUACAAUACAUUCCCCGCAAUAAUGAAAAUAUUACCCGGGCCACACCAAAAGAUUUUCUCCAACUGGAAUAAAGUUAUCGCGUUUGUGAAAUCAGAGGUCCAAAGUCACAGGAAGGACUGGGACCCAUCGGCACCCAGAGAUUACAUUGACUGCUACCUCGCAGAAAUCGAGAAGAGUAAAGAGGACCCUGCAGCAGGAUUCCACGAGCAGAAUCUUGUUUUUUGCACUCUUGAUCUGUUAGUCGCUGGGACUGAAACAACAGCAACCACUCUCCGCUGGGCUCUCCUCUAUAUGAUUAAAUACCCGCAAAUACAGGAGAAGGUCCAGGCUGAAAUAGACAGAGUGAUCGGACAAGCACGGCAGCCUUCGAUGGAAGACAAGCCCAACAUGCCAUACACUGACGCAGUGAUUCAUGAAGUUCAGAGAAUGGGCAAUAUUUUUCCUCUGAAUGUUCCCAGGAUGAGCACUGAAGAUACCAUGCUGGGAGGAUAUUUUCUUCCAAAGGGCACUCAAGUUUUUGCAAAUCUAACCUCUGUGCUGUUCGACAAGAAUGAAUGGCAGACCCCAGACACAUUUAAUCCAGGGCACUUCCUGGAUGCAGAGGGACAGUUUGUGAGAAGAGAAACAUUCAUGCCAUUCUCAGCUGGUAAGAGGAUCUGUCUUGGAGAACAGCUGGCCCGAAUGGAGUUGUUCCUCUUCUUCACUUCCUUCCUGCAGAAGGUCACCUUCUCAUCCCCUGAAGGAGUGGAGCCGAGCCUCCAGUUUAAAGCUGGAAAUACCCUUUCUCCUCUACCGUACAAGAUCUGUGCCAUCCCUCGCUGAGAAAGAACAAGCCAUUGCAGUUUAAACAGCUGAAGUAACAAAUUCAUACUACAAUCUUUAAGUUUUUAAAUCAUGUGCAUUUUUGCAUACAUGAUAAAACAACAUAACUUCUAUCAAAUAAUUUAAUUCAGGGUUUGUGAAUCAAUGGGUGUACUCAAUUGCCUUAUCUUUAGACUGAAAUGAUUUUGUACUUCAAACUCUUGCCUAAUCACAGAAGCGCUAUCGAGCGUUCUUGUUUUUAUGGAGCGCCAUUUGGGUCAAAAUUAUCCAGCCAUUAAUUUGUCAAUUCAUUUGUCAAUUGGUUUGUCAAUUCAUGAAUUGCUCCAUUUGUCCAGCAAUGCGCCAUGGAACAGGACAGACCUCAGAAAAUAGCAUUUUUCAUAAUAAUUACGUAUUGUAUAAUAGUAAUUGUAUAGAAUCGCAGCGAGAGAUGUUUUCUUUCAUUACAGGUUGAUUCGAUUUACAGCUGUCUUUGUUGCUGGCGGUUUGUUACUGUUGGAUUAAAGAAAAUGUUGUAUGCAUUAAACUUUUCUAAUCUGUUUCGAAAGAAACCAACAACAGUUUAGAACAGUGUCUUAAAUAUUCAAAUGAAUGUAAUCCAUUGAAACAGACUUUAAAUAACUCCUGAGUUAAAGCUUUAUGAAUGGUCUUAGUAAUUCAAAACAAACUGUAUACUUUUAAACGGUCCAUUCUGCAAAUUCCCCUAAUGAAACUGUGGUGGAAAUUAUGCUCUGCCAAUGUUCUGGAACUCUUUGGAAAUAAAACCAAACUUCUGUUCAUCACAAA